CCCGUGGGAAAGACACGGAGCAUCUUCUCUCAGCAUCAGGGCAUGCAUAUGCCAGCAGGGGAUGAGUGAGGAGCAGCUCCCUGCAUCUUCCCACUGCCCCACCACGCAGGAGGACACCAAUGUCUCGGCCUCUGCGUACCCCCAGUACUGGGUGGAGCCCCGGUUCACCCAAGCAGCCAAGGUCCGUGUGAUCAUCACAGCCAUCUUCUUCCUGCUGGCAGCGGGCAGCAAUGCAGCCGUGCUGGGCAGCCUGCUGAGGAAGAGGAGGAAAUCCCACGUGCAGCCGCUGAUCCUCAGCCUGGCACUGGCUGACCUGCUGGUGACAGUGAUGGUGAUGCCCCUGGAUGCAGCAUGGAAUGUGACAGUGCAGUGGUAUGGAGGGGACAUCUCCUGCAAGAUCCUCAACUUCCUCAAGCUCUUUGCUAUGUAUGCUGCUGCCCUGGUACUGGUGGUGAUCAGCCUGGACCGGCACGCAGCCAUCCUCCAUCCCUUCUCCCGUGCUCACCGCCGCAAUGGGAUGCUGCUCCGUGCUGCCUGGGCUGGCAGCGUGCUCCUGGCUUUGCCCCAGCUUUUCCUCUUCCACCUGAACACAAUCCCAGGAAGGAAUUUCACCCAGUGUGUUACUCACGGGAGCUUCCGAGCACACUGGGAGGAAACUGUCUACAACAUGUUCACCUUCACCACCCUCUACAUCACCCCCCUGAGCGUCAUGAUCGUCUGCUACGUCCGGAUUCUUUGGGAGAUCAGUAAGCAGCUAAAGGUCAAUAAAGGUUUAACAAGAAAUCAAAACGAACACAUCUCCAAGGCACGCAUGAAGACUCUCAAGAUGACCAUAGUGAUUGUUGCCACCUUCAUCAUCUGCUGGACUCCUUACUAUCUCCUGGGCUUGUGGUACUGGUUUCAGCCAGCCAUGAUCCAGAAGAUGCCGGAGUAUGUCAACCACAGCUUCUUCCUCUUUGGCCUGCUGCACACCUGCACUGACCCUAUCAUUUAUGGACUGUACACCCCUUCCUUUCGGGAGGACGUGCAGUUGUGUCUCAGGGGCAUUGAAAUAGCCAUCACCAGGCAAAAGAGACAAAAACCCAUCUCAGCCUCAGAGAAGAACACCAAGGAUGGUGCUGCAAAUGGUGGGGUGGCAUCAGGGGGCUCCAAUGGGACAACUGUCAGCACGGUCUGA